AAACUUUUCAGUGCGUGGUACUUGCAUGAAAAUUCUCCAAGUAAAGGCAAGACAUUUAAGGUACACAUCACUCCAUGUAAGGUAAUCCGAAUUCCAGAAUGCGGGAAAUUUUGCUUGUGGAAUCCAAAUUCAGUCGUAGAAUUUGUUCUUCUAGAAUUGGAAAUCCUGGACUUGGGAAUCCGGAAUUCAGCUCAAGAAAUCCGGAAUCCCGCUAACGAUUAAAAUCCGGAAUCCAAGUUUUUCGAAGUUUCCUUUAUAUGGAAAACAGCUAUCGCAUCGGAAUGUCUCUUUUUCCAAAACUAACCUCGGACAGACACUCGGACUCAGUCAUCUCAUUCAGGUUGAAAGUUGAAUAAUCUUCUUACGGAAAGCAGAGAUCAGACAUUACUAGAAAUUCUUCAUCGUCAAUGAAAGUAGACGUACGGCUUAUAAAAUAAGACCUUGCAUCGUUUUAAAAGACGCCUCUGCGAAAAAACUUUGUUGCUAACGAACAUCACAGUUCUACUACUUCUACUUGUUUGUUUACAUUCAGUGUCGUCCAGCAGCUGGAUGGCUAGCUGACGUAGAAUUCAAAGGAAAAAGGGCCCGAAACUGACGUUCUCGUUCCAGUCCUUUCCCGGUCAACAGACGUCGUCGUCGUGAACUUCGUCGUGGUUCUUAAGUUCCCUAUCGACGAAACGACGAUAUUAGAGAUUAAAGCGACGACCGUUUUCCCAUUUCGAUCACGUACAUUUGAUCUGACAGCACCGAACAGGGUGCUGCACGUUCAGAGCUGAAACGGCGGUCAUUGUGGUGUACCCAACCAAUCCUGUGUGGGACUUGAACCUUUUUCUUAUGAAAAAACGACACGGCGUUCUAUUGUUUGUGUGAAAGAAAACGCUCUCCCUAUUUAGACUAAAAGGUUAGGGUGCAUAACGAAAUAUCAAGAGGGCAGGGAGAGGUGGUGAUAUUACCCUGGCCGGGAUAGGAGUCAACCUCGUUCCCAAGGUUCUCUCCUACAAGCAGAGAGAACCUGGGAACGAAGUUGGGUAGGAGUUUCGGCCGCUUCGUUCUAAGCGCAUCCUCGGAGACCCAGGGGCAGCUACAAUCCUCGUCAAAACUCUUGAAACACUUCCCCAAUGUUGAUUUGGGUAUUACAGUGGUCUCAGUGCUUCAAAAUACGCGUGGCGCAACAUUGGGGAGGUAGAGGGCACAUUACAGUGAGGGCAAAAGUGUGAGGAGUAAAAAUCUCAAGAAUUUUCCAGAAAAUUCAAGAGAAACGGUGUCUGUUUCAACGAUUUGUGACGAGUAUUGUAGUCGGGACGAUUCUAUCGUCCCGACUAGCUGCCCCUGGGUCUCUGAGGAUGUUCUAACCAUUAUGAACUUAUCCCAUCAACAGUUGUGAUUUGUGUUGACCCUUUAGCCGCAAGAAUGACCAAUAUUAAUUUUCUCCUAACAAUUUCAACACAUUUUUCAGAGAAAAGGUUCAGAGAAUUUAUAAACCACUCCGGAGAGCGGUUUCAACUCACGAAAAAGGAAAUGCUUUUAUCCUUCAUCAUAUUCUUGUCUCCAAACGGGAGUCUAAAGAACAAUAUGGUAAUAUGGUAUGAUAAUUUUUGAAACUGCAUAACUUUUUACCUGGAUUCGUAUAGACGGGGCCUUAAACCACUCCGGAGAGCGGUUUCAGAUCACGAAAAAGGAAAUGCUUUUAUCCUUCACCAUAUUCUUGUCUCUAAACGGGAGUCUAAAGAACAAUAUGGUAAUUAUUUUUGUUGUUUUUUCCCACUUUGGUCAAUUUUUCGUCGCGUUAUCAUUUCUAAAUCUACCAAUUAUAAUUUCAUUAUUAACACAACUGCUUGUAAAACUUUCUUAGCAGAUAUAAAAGAAUGGGCGCCAUGAACUUUUGAAUGAGGUGGAAGAAACUGCGAGCGUGGUUUACAAGGACAUUCUAGACUGGAUUCAGCAAAAGGUACCUUGA